AGAACAGACAAAAUAUAUACAUGAUACAAGCAACAACCUAAAUAACACUAAAUAAAAAAAACAGAAAGACAUACAAUGCUGGGGAAAAGCCAGAGUUUCACCGGAAAGGGUUUCAAAACUGAGAGCGUGGCAGCCAGGAAGUCCACCAAAAAAGGCAUCCUAACCAAAAUGAAGAAGGGCCAUACCAAGAACCUUUUCCACUUUCCCAUCGGCUUCAAGAUAGACUCCGCCAUGGCUAAUGAUCGGGUGUCCGUCAAACGGGAUUAUGGAUAUAUGCAUUCCAAGGGGGCGUCCACUCCGUAUCCGCAGAAGACCCCGUCGAUAGAUGAGAUGUCCUUGGCGGCCAAACUGGAGUCGGAUAGUCUACUCGUGUCGGGGACGAGCAGCACCUCCUUUUGCACCUCGCCAUUGAAAAGUGUAACCUUGCUUUCAAAUGGAUUGACCUUUCAAAUGCGACGAAAACUCUUCGACGAGGGGGAGUUUACUGUCUGCAAGGGUCGCAAGAUGAGCGACGUCUACCAUAGGACAGAUGAGGAUCUGGAGGACUUGUCCGUACCCAACCAGCGAAUAGAUACCAGAAAUAAACCCUAUAGCAACUACAAAGACGUUAAGGAGUACUGCGCUGUGAACAACAUUGAAUUAACCCAGGGAUUCGGCGGCUAGCGACUCGGUGGCUUGUGGUCCUCAAUUGUUGUCAUCGAAUUAAGAGCGGGAAUAAAGUGCUGGGGCUGGGAUCUCCUCCAGCUCCUCGUCACCACCAUCUGUCACUCUUUCAGGUGUCAC